UCGCUCUCUCUGUUUAUGUGGCUGGGAACUGGAGGAGGAGGUCAGGCUGAAUCCAGAGCUCAGGAAAGCGUUGUUUGCAAAGGGCAGGAUGUGGACCUCUCUGCAGGCUGCCCCUGAGCCCACUUUCUCAAGGGGCAGCAGGAGCCGUUCCUGGGUGCUGACUGUGGGAGUGACAAUCGGCGUGUUCCUUCUUGGAUUCCUGAUUGGCUGGCUGAGUAAACCUGAAACUCAAUCGCCAGAGACAAGCUCUCAUGAGAAGAUGAAGAAGGCUUUUAUGGCAGAGAUGACAGCUAAGAAUAUCAAGCAGUAUUUAUACAAUUUUACUCGGCGGCCUCACUUGGCAGGUACGCCAGAGAACCUGCGCCUCGCCAAACAAAUACAGGCCCAGUGGAAGGAAUUUGGCCUGGAUUCUGUCCAGCUGGCUCCCUAUGAUGUUCUCCUGUCCUACCCAAAUGAAACAAAUCCCAACUACAUCUCAAUUGUUGAUGACCAAGGGCACCAGAUUUUCAACACCUCCUUAUCUGAGCCUCCCCCUGUAGGGUACGAGCAUAUUAAAGAUGUUGUUCCACCUUUCAGUGCUUUCUCAGCCCAGGGCAUACCUGAGGGAGAUCUGGUAUAUGUGAACUACGGCAGCAUAGAAGAUUUCCACAGAUUAGAGCGAGAGCUCAGAAUUAAUUGCUCUGGGAAAAUUGUCAUUGCUAGAUACGGGAAAAUCUUCAGAGGAAACAAGGUCAAGAAUGCUGAACUGGCUGGUGCCAAGGGUGUCAUUUUGUACUCGGACCCUGCUGACUCUUGUGCCCCCGGGGUAGACCCUUACCCAGAAGGCUGGAAUCUUCCUGGAGAUGGAACUCAGCGUGGGAACGUGCUGAUUCUAGAUGGCGCUGGGGAUCCCCUCACUCCAGGAUAUCCAGCCAAAGAGUACGCCUACCGCUAUGAUGAAGCCCAAGCAACAGCCCACUUAAAAAUUCCUGUCCACCCCAUUGGUUAUCGUGAUGCUGAGAGGUUGCUGAGGGAGAUGGGAGGGCCACCCCCACCAGAUGACAGCUGGAAGGGAAACCUCUCUGUGCCUUACAAGAUUGGGCCAGGCUUUAUAGGAAGUUCUUCAAAGAGAAAAGUCAAAAUGCACAUCCACAGCAUCAAGAAAGUAACAAGGAUUUACAAUGUGAUCGGUACUAUCCGAGGUGCAACAGAGCCAGACAGGUAUGUUAUCCUUGGUGGCCACCGUGACUCUUGGGUCUUUGGUGGGAUUGACCCUCAGAGCGGAGCUGCUGUCGUUCAUGAGAUUGUCAGAAGCUUUGGGAAGCUGAAACAGCAAGGAUGGAGGCCUAGAAGAACGGUGAUAUUUGCCAGCUGGGAUGCUGAGGAGUUUGGCUUAAUAGGAUCUACAGAGUGGGCUGAGGAAAAUGUCAAAAUACUACAGGAGCGUGGGGUGGCCUAUAUCAAUGCUGAUUCUUCCAUAGAAGGCAACUACACCCUUCGAGUUGACUGUACUCCACUGAUGUACAGCCUAGUAUACAAUCUGACUAAAGAGAUACCAAGCCCUGAUGAAGGGUUUGAAGGCAGAUCUCUUUAUGAAAGUUGGUAUGAGAAGAAUCCAUCAGCAGAACAUAAAGGUGUGCCCAGGAUCAACAAGUUGGGCUCCGGCAAUGAUUUUGAAGUCUUUUUCCAGAGGUUGGGUAUCGCAUCGGGGAGAGCUCGCUACACUAAAAACUGGAAGGUAGACAAAUACAGUAGCUACCCACUUUAUCACAGUGUCUACGAGACCUAUGAGAUUGUGGAGCGCUUUUAUGACCCCACUUUUAAGAACCACCUGGUCGUGGCCCGGGUGCGUGGAGGAAUGGUGUUUGAGCUGGCAGACGCUGUCAUCCUUCCUUUUGACUGCCAAGAUUACGCCAAGGCACUCAUCAGCUACGCUAACGUCAUUUACAACAUGACCCUGAAACACCAAGCAGCAUUGAUGACGUACAAUGUGUCUUUACAUUCUCUUCUUGAUGCGGUGAAGACAUUUUCAGAAGCUGCCAGUGACUUUCACAAGAGAUUGCAACUACUGGACACCAAUAACCCAGUUGCAGUGAGGUCAUGGAAUGAUCAACUGAUGUUUCUGGAAAGAGCGUUUAUUGAUCCUCUUGGACUACCUGGCAGGCCGUUCUAUAGGCACAUCCUGUUUGCUCCAAACCGGCACAACAAGUACGCUGGAGUGUCCUUUCCUGGUGUCUACGAUGCCCUGUUUGACAUUGCCAGUGCAGCAGACCAACAGAAGGCCUGGGAGGAGGUCAAGAGGCAAAUCUCCAUUGCGGCCUUCACAGUAACAGCUGCAGCUGGGACUCUGGAAGAAACGCUGUGAAAUGCCAGAGGUUCCAAGAAGCUGGCUUCAUUUUGACAAAGUCCUACUUACUUUGGAAAUUGGAGACCCUAGACUUCCUUUGUGCAGGCUUGUUCUCAUGUUACCCUGAACAGUUACUGUCUGCCUUUACAAAUGUACGUGUGUGAAAGAUUGUACACUUCUUGGUUUGUGCAGCUCAGCGGCUGUGUACAUAGACUGCAUAGCCAUUGAACAUCCCAUGUGAAUAACUGUAUGAGUGUACAGCUCAACUAUUUGGUUACACAGAUUAUACACUCAUUGAAUGUAAGGUGUGAACACCACUUAUGCUUUUAAGGAAAUUAGGAUCCAACAACACUCUUGCUAAUUGUCCAGUUAGAUCACAUCCUUGGGGAACUGGAAGAUGGGGAAUUCUUCUAUAUCAAGAUCUACUUGUUUCCUUAGUCCAUCAAGAAAUCAUGUUUGAUAGUUCUCAAAAUCCAGGAUGAUCUCAAGACAGGGAAAACAAUGAAACAGCCAUCUCUAGAGAUGGGCUUGUAAGCACACUAGUUGUCAGAUCAACGCUUUUCCAUUAGCCACACCUGGAGGGUGAACAGGUUGAUCUGCCAAUCAGUUGCGGAAUCUCUUUGAAGCUGAGGGUAGAAACGCACUCACUGUUCUGCUGGUUCCAGUACGUCUCCACCUCUCUCUUCUGAAAAUGAGGGCACACAAUGCUAGUCAAACGGCGGCCCUUUUUACUGUAAAACCUGGUGGGAGCAGCUUGAGUGCGUUUUUGUUUAUAAAAAAAAUCAGCUUCAAAUAGAUUUUGCAGCUGAUCGGUGGAUCAACCCGUUCCCCCUCCAAGUAUGGCUAAUGGAAAUGCUUUGAUCUGGCAACUACUGUGUUUACAGUCUAUAUUUUUUUAAAAUGGUUUUACAGUAAAAAACGGCGGGGCUCAACUAGCGGUGUGUGCCCUCGUUUUCAGAAGAAAAAGGUGGUGAUGUUCUGGAACCAGCAGAACAGUGUGUGUGUUUCUACCCUGGGUUGUGAUGGUAUAGCAGAGGUGACCCCCCCAUUAGGCAAAUUAAGCAGCUGCCUAAGGCCUUGCGUUUGAAGGGGCCCCAUGUGAUUGGUGCUUAAUGGGGGCAGGGCUUUUCCCAUAGCCUUUCAUGCUGCCUCAGCAGUUUUUUUAAAAAAGGUACAAUCACCAGCCUUACCAGUGUUGAAGAAAUUGGAAUUUUCUUUUGGUGUCGAGUUUCCAAAGUCGAAAACCUGUGCACAGUAAUCCAUUAUUAAAUCCCCAUUGAAUUCACUGGGGGUUGCAUGAGUUAGUUUGUAUAGGAUUUAAAUCUAGGUGGGUUUGUUUGUUUUUUAAAGUUCUUUAAUUUAACAUUUUUAUUACCGAUAUGAACACUCCAAAGUUUGGGGUGCAUCUUUAAAGACUUCUGCAUAACAAGAAAAAUGAAGAAAAAGUUAUAUGGAAGAGAGGAUGAGAUAGCCAUACAACUUGCAGAUCUGUACUCUGUUUUGAAGUUGAAAGGUCCCAACAGAGCCAGCAGCAGCAGUUGACAUAGUCGGGCAGCUGCUGAGGCCCAGUAGGGCCCACUGGUGGUGGGCACAUGUAAGCUGUCAUUUUAAAUUUCCCACAGUGUCCCAGAGCAAGGUUAUGUUGGGUACUCAGAGUUCUGUGGGAAACUUAAAUGCAGGCCUCCUGGUGCUGACUGGAGUGCUGUCCCCAUGUAUGCUGAUGGUGGGAAGCAAUGGGUACAGGAGGGGCCCCACAGAGGGUUCUAGUCCUGGGACCCUUUGUUGGCUUUGAAAAGCAAAUGCUCCCGAGCCCAAGACCUUCUGGAACAUACACAGAAAGCUCCCAGAUGGGCUCACUGUACUCAUUCGCCCUAUCAAACCAACCUCCUUUGUUUUUGUGACUUUAGAAAUAAAAGAUGAAAUC